UGCGUCGUGUAAGUUUUGGUGGUUACCGUUUAACUAACUCCAACGCUCGGCAUGGGGUUCUUUACAACACACCGACAACAGGGGGCGGGCUGUCCCGUUUCUCGAGAUUAACCGGUGCUGGGUGGCGGUAUCAUGAUAGCGCCUCGAAACUAGGAUGGUGUUGCAGUUGUCGAUCAUGAGGUAGAUAAGAUGAAUGAACCCCAAGAGUUCGGAUCUGUAUAAGCCUAUCUACAUCUCAUCCGGACAGAAUCCUUUCGCCGAUGUUGAAUUUUACUACAAGAUAGCCAGGUAUCGUUGCCCAGUACCAAUAUACACCAAACUAUCUUCGUCAAUGUCAUGAAUACAACGGGGCUCCCACACGAUUCUCGUGGGAACGUGGUCAUUAUCGCUGGAGUCGUGACGAAUAGCUUGGCAGCACUCGCAGUUUGCGCUCGAAUAUAUACACGCCAUGUGAUAAAACGAUCGCUUGGUGUGGACGACUGGAUGGCUGUGUUAUCCUUGCUACUCACGAUAGGGAUGAACGUCUCCCAAAGCAUCAGCGCGACAAGGUAUCUCGGUCGUCAUACAUAUGACCUAGAUCCGCUCGUGGACAUUCCUCGCUUCCUUCAGGUGAUUAGUAGUCUUUCAAUUUUCCUUUCUCUUCAUUUCCCUGUCUCGUUGUCCGUUAACAUUAACACCCGCGACGUGAAGCUAUUCUGGAUCAAUGAGCUAUUAUACAACGCUGCCAUGCUCUUCAUCAAAAUGACUUUCCUGACACAAUAUUAUCGUGUCUUCCGCCAUGUCAACACACUAAAGACUACAUACCUGGCGGCAAUUAUUAUCAUCGGCGGGUGGUGUACGGCUCAAUUCCUCUCUGUCAUUUUUAUAUGUGUUCCUGUACAAGGACUCUGGGAUAAGAGCGUGAAGGCAAAGUGUCAGAAUCAGCUGAUUGGGGUUUAUCUUAACGCCGUGGGCACUUUGGUCACUGACAUAGCCAUCCUCGUUCUGCCAAUCCCGGCGAUCUGGGGGCUGAAUCUGCCCAAGACACAGAAGUGGGCGCUGAUAGGUAUAUUCAGUAUUGGGAUUUUCACGUCGGCGAUAUCCAUUGUUCGUCUGACAACACUUAAUAGCCCUAAUGAUGACCUGACGUACAACGCGGUAACGUCGUCGUGCUGGUCGGUGGCUGAAUUAUCUUCAGGCAUUAUCGCCGCAGCAUUAGCCACCACUCGACCCCUUGUCAGUAGCUUCGUGCCUUCUUUCGCCUCAAAGUUGAAUAGCGCUCUGAAACAUUCUCGUCACUAUGGUGAUGGGACACCAACAAAAGGCUCUGGGAGAUGCGUGCGCAUCGUCACAGCUCUUGGAAGAUUUUCGAGGGGCACAACGAGAAGCAUGGUAUCGAUAUGUGAUACAGAUCUCUUUGGCCACUCCGGGUUCACUCAGCAAGAGAGCCAAGCACAAGGAGAAGCUCCCGGGGUAGCAAGGGGGCAGAGCUUGGAUACUCUGAACACUUGGACUCGCAAAAGCGAAUCCUUCAAUGUUGCACGAGGAGAUGGCGAUCCUACUUCGGGCCCUAUUGAGCGUUCAGGGUCACAGAGGAGCUCGAGGUAUUGCUAUUACGAAUCAUCUAGCAGAGAUUCGGAGGCGGACCUGGGUUUAUGGCCUUCGACACAGACAAAGGUGACGGGGGGACUACCGCCGUUGCCCCAACUUCAUACAGAAGAAAUCGAGACAGCAAAGCCUCAGGCUUUGACGAUCCGAGUGGACCGUGACUGGGAAGUUCAGGAGACCUUUGUCUAGACUGGACUUAACCACAAUCUCAUAGUAUCGAUCUGUCGGUACAUUGUGUAUAGAACUGGGAAAUACAUCGUUACGCCGGGACCACAGUGACGGUAACCUAUUGUUCAACAUCCGCGCUACAAUAUUACCAACAAAAUGAAACCAAGAAGUUACUCCCCUUUGUCUGCUUCGAGCAUGGGUGACAAAGUGAUGGAGUAUCAGAAUAACAUGGCUUACUUUGAGAAUCUCUCACGUCGCCGUAGCCUAUGUUCUUCGUGGGGCCAAUGUUUCCCCUGAGAGACCAGCACUCAAUACUUCAUCGAAGGCAAGGGAGGGUCACGGGCCUGAAUUACAAUGGUGCAUAUCAAGCCAGCAAGGCACAUAGUAUUUCGGUGCGUGUUGCUUAAGACCCGCCACGAAGGGAGGCACAGAUUUUCUGCUUCUCUCUGUGUUGUCAGACAGCAUUAGAUAGCGCGGUUUGCCUCCUUGUCGCCCUUCCGUCAUUAUGUCAAUUCA